AGGGUCAGCGCCGGGUGACUAUAAUAGUCUUAAGCGAAUGGAAUAGCAAGGAACAUGACAUAACCUGGAAUCAUUACGGAAUUGCGAUACCAACUUUUAAACAGACGUUUUAAAUUCCUUCUUAUAGGUGGUUUAUUUUCAUGACUUCUUGGGCGGAUCACAGUAGCCUAACUCUGCGCGUCAAAUAAGGAAACUUAGAAAUCGAUAGCAAGCAACAUCUAGUUCUUUCUAACUGAGUUUUCCCUUAUAAACUAGGAACAUUUACUUUUUCUUUAUUUUGCGAAUGUCUGUUUUUACCGUAUAUCACUUUGUAUGUAUAUGAGAAAACAAUGGUUGUUAACAGACGUUUACUCUUUGCAUAAACUGCUACAUAAAUUGCUUACUGGUUGGGCGUUUGUAAAACAUUUUUAAAGUUUUUUUUUUUUUUUAAGAAGGCAAUAUUUGAAUUAAGAGAAGACUACUAUGGCUGAACACGAGAGUUUGGAAUUUGGAAAGGCGGAUUUUGUGCUUCUCGACAAUGUCUCGUUGGAGGAAUUCAUGGCUAACCUCAAACUCAGGUUUGAAAAGGGCCGGAUCUACACCUACAUUGGGGAGGUGGUGGUGUCUGUGAACCCGUACCGGGCCAUGAACAUCUACGGACGCGACACCAUCGAGCAGUACAAGGGCCGGGAGCUCUAUGAGCGGCCCCCGCACCUCUUCGCCAUCGCAGAUGCCGCCUACAAGGCCAUGAAGAGGAGGAACAAGGACACUUGCAUCGUUAUCUCAGGUGAGAGUGGAGCCGGGAAGACAGAGGCCAGCAAAUAUAUAAUGCAGUACAUUGCCGCUAUCACCAACCCCAACCAGCGAGCGGAGGUGGAGAGGGUGAAGAACAUGCUGUUGAAAUCCAACUGUGUCCUGGAAGCCUUUGGGAAUGCAAAAACCAACCGCAAUGACAACUCCAGCCGCUUUGGGAAGUACAUGGACAUCAAUUUUGACUUUAAAGGGGACCCCAUCGGGGGGCACAUCAACAACUACCUACUGGAGAAGUCAAGAGUCAUUUUCCAGCAGGAGGGUGAAAGAAGCUUCCAUUCUUUCUACCAGCUGGUGAAAGGGGGUCCAGAGACUCUACUGCGAUCACUGCACAUCCAGAAAGACCCCACCGCCUACAACUACAUCAGAGUCGGGGGACAGGUCAAGUCAUCCAUCAAUGACAGCGCUGAUUUCAAAGCUGUGGCUGAUGCCAUGAAGGUGAUCGGCUUCACGGCUGAAGAAAUCCAGACUGUCUACAAGAUCUUGGCCACCAUCCUGCACCUGGGUAACCUGAAGUUCGGCAGCGAUGAGGAUGUGACGCUGAUUGAGAACAGCAAGCUGGUGUCCGUGCUGGCCGAUCUCCUGGCCACCAAGCAGGAGAACGUGGAGAAGGCCCUGCUCUACCGCACGGUGGCGACAGGCCGAGAUGUCAUCGACAAGCAGCACACGGACAAGGAGGCCAGCUAUGGCCGAGACGCUCUGGCCAAGGCCAUCUAUGAUCGCCUCUUCUGUUGGAUUGUGGGACGAAUCAAUGACAUCAUUGAGGUGAAAAACUACGACGCCAAAGUCCACGGGAAGAACACGGUGAUUGGCGUACUGGAUAUUUAUGGCUUUGAGAUCUUUCAGAACAACAGCUUUGAGCAGUUCUGUAUCAACUACUGCAAUGAGAAGCUGCAGCAGCUGUUCAUCCAGCUGGUUCUGAGACAGGAGCAGGACGAGUACCAGCGCGAGGGCAUCCCCUGGAAGCAUAUCGACUACUUCAACAACCAGAUCAUCGUGGACCUGGUGGAGCAACAGCACAAGGGCAUAUUCUCCGUGCUGGAUGAGGCCUGCAUGAACGUGGGCAAGGUGACAGACGAGAUGUUUCUGCAGGCGUUGAACAGCAAACUGGGCAAACACGCCCACUACACCAGCCGCAAGCUCUCCCCGCCCGACAAGAGCCUGGACUUUGACCGGGACUUCCGUAUCCGGCACUACGCAGGCGACGUGGUGUACUCUGUUAUAGGCUUCAUUGACAAGAACAAGGACACCCUGUUUCAGGACUUUAAGAGGCUGCUGUAUAACAGUUCAAACCCUGUGCUGAAAGCGAUGUGGCCAGAGGGGAAGCUGAGCAUCACGGAAGUGACAAAGCGCCCACUAACAGCCGCCACAAUCUUCAAGAACUCCAUGAUCGCACUGGUGGAGAACCUGGCCUCCAAGGAGCCGUACUACGUGCGAUGCAUCAAGCCGAACGACUUGAAGUCGCCGCUUCUGUUUGAAGAGGAACGCUGCCGCCACCAGGUGGGGUAUCUGGGUCUGCUAGAGAACGUGCGUGUACGACGCGCGGGAUUCGCUUACCGCCAAACCUACGCCCGUUUCCUGCAGAGGUACAAGAUGAUCUCGGAGUUCACGUGGCCCAACCACGACCUGCCAUCGGACUGCGAGGCAGUGAAGAAGCUGCUGCAAUGCUGCGGGUUCGAGACGGACGCGGCCUACGGGAAGACCAAGGUGUUCAUCCGCACGCCACGCACCCUCUUCACGCUGGAGGAGCAGAGAGCCGAGAUGGUGCAGCGGAUCGUACUCUUCCUGCAGAAGGUGUGGCGUGGCACGGUGGCCAGAAUGCGCUAUCGCCGCAUGCGAGCCGCCCUCACCUUCCUGCGGGCCUACCGCCGCUACAAAGUCCGAACCUACGUCCGCGACAUCAACCGCUCCUUCAAAAACGUCCGGACCAUGAAGGACCAUGGGAAGCAUAUCAAGUGGCCCAUUCCGCCCAAAGUCCUGCGCAAGUUCGAGGAGUCGCUGAGGAGCAUCUACAACAGGUGGUGGGCGUGGACCCUCAUCAAAGGCCUCUCGCCUGAGGAGACGUUGCAGAUGAGGGCCAAGGUGGCCACUUUGGAUGCUCUGAAGGGUCAGAGGGCAGACCUGGGUCUACAAAGGGCGUGGGAAGGAAACUACCUGAAGCGAGAUAGCCCCGAGACUGCAUCCUCCUUCACCCUGGUGUCCAAUGACUUGCAACGCAAGGACAAGUUUAUGAGGGUACUCUUCUCCUGCAAUGUCCGCAAGAUCAACCGCUUUAACAAGUCAGAGGACCGCACGGUCUUGAUUACCGACCGACAUCUUUACAAGAUGGACCCCCUCAAGCAGUACAAGCCUAUGAAGAGCAUCCCACUCUACAACGUGACGGGGGUGAGCGUGUCCCCUGGAAAGGACCAGCUGGUGGUGUUCCACACCAAGGACAACCGUGACCUCAUCGUGUGCCUCCAGGGCAUGGUUCCCACGGGGGAGAGCCGCAUCGGAGAGCUGGUGGGCACCCUCCUCAGCCACUUCAAGAGCGAGAAGAGGAAGCUGCAGGUCAAUAUCGUCAGCCCCAUCCAGUGCAGCAUGCAACGCAAGAAGUGCACUGUCGUGGUGGAGACCAAGAUCAACCAAUCGCAGCCAGACUUUACCAAGAGCCGAUCCGGCUACAUCCUGGCAGUGCCGGACAAUUAACGGGGACCCAGGUUAAAGGAUAUCGGGGGCAGGGCACCUCGAUGACAUGCCAUUUUUGGGGACAGGUCUGCUUGAUGGCAUCCUGAUGAGAUUUCUGUUCGUUUCAGCCUGUUCUAUCACGAGUUGAUUGCUACAAAAACAAAAUCGAAAAGAGAAAAUGUAAUUACACGGAUGAAGAAUGUGUUUGAUGAAGCUAUACCAGAUAUGUUUUCAAUGAAAUUUUGAAGGAAUGGACCUCAGUGAGAAACGCAAAAGGAGAAUUUUAGUUGAGAGGAACGUUAAUCUGCAGGUUGAAACUAUUAAAUGCAUUUUGUAGAUAAACCGAUAAAUAUCCCCGUGACAUGCAAAUGCAAGCUCAUCCCAUGAGGGAAUUAAUCAUUUAAUUCUUAGAACUCGUGGUUUUCAGAGAAUAACAGUAAGCUUCAAUUUUUAUGAGAUUUAUGAAAAUGUUCCGUGACAACUAUGGAGUGGGAAAUGGGUUCCUUCGCAUUGAUUUGAUAAAAAAAAUACACAAACAUUCUUUAAAGCUGUAGGCUACAGUAUGUGUUGGAUUAUUUGGUUGUGCCUGCCUUUGCAGAAGCUCUACUUGAAACCCCAGUUCAACAUGCGUGCUAGGUCAGAGAAAACUGUCCCUUCAUUCGAAUGUAAUGUUGAGCAUGCAAAUAUCUGGACUGCAGCCUAUUUGCUACAGGGUUUGAGGAUGCUGUGACAUUGUGAUGUUUCCAUCUUCGAGGAGUGCAUACCACAACUUGAUGCAUCUCCCACCAUGCAUGUCUUAAAGAAAUGAUUGUUUUUUUAAAUUUCAGUAAUUCAUUUUUAGUCUGGAGGGCCAGCGCCUCCUUUUGCCCUUCAGCCAUUUUGGUUGCGCGGUUUACCUCCAUCAGUAAUGGUUUAUUUGAAUGAUUCUUGUUUAUUUUUUACCAGUAAAUUCCAGAGCCUCAGGCCUUAGUCAACAAGAUGAAAGAUGUGGUGCAACAGUAACCCUGCACGCAUCUGCCAGCAAAGGCCUGGCAUGUGUGUGUAUGUAUGUAUGUGUGUGUACGUGCGCGCAUGGCAGCGUAAUGUGUAUGUGGGGGAGGGGGGGGAGGUUUACCAUGCAAACAAAAACUUGUUGAUUUUUCAGAAAUGAUCGUGGCAGGGUGUCCAUCGUUCAACCCUGAUUUAUGUUGAGAAGGACGUGCUGAGCACAUCCUCAGACCCUUAAACUGCUUCUUGGAGCAGCAGUAAAAUCUUAAUUUAAAAUGCAUAUCUUUUUUUAUCUAUAUAGUAUAUAUUCAUGCAUUCCCAUUAUGUAUGCAAGAUUUGUUUUAUAUAUAUAUAUAUAUAUAUAUAUAUAUAUAUAUAUAUAUAUAUAU